AUGGGUAAAAAGACCGUCACUUUUGCUGACGACAAAAACUCGGAAAAAAACGAAAAGUCUUAUGAGCAGGCAAAGAGAACAACCUCUGUCGAAAAACGCCUGACGGAUCCGAUAAAAAAUGUUGAGGACAAAUGGCAGCUCCUACCAGCCUUCCUGAAAGUAAAGGGUUUGGUGAAACAACAUAUCGAUUCCUUCAAUUACUUCAUCGAGACUGAAUUGAAAAAAAUCAUCCGGGCAAACGACAUGAUUACCUCGGAUGUUGAUCCGUCUUUCUGGUUAAAAUAUCUUGACAUUAAGAUUGGUCCACCCGAAAGACCAGACACCGAUCACGAGUCGCAUCAAAGCAUAUUUACUCCACACGAGUGUCGUUUACGCGAUUUAACAUACUCGGGAAACAUUUAUGUGGACGUUGAAUAUGUUCGCGGCAAGACGAGGGUUAUCCGCAAAGACACGAUCAUCGGAAAGUUGCCCAUCAUGCUUCGAAGUUCAAAGUGCGUAUUAACGGGUAAAUCCGAAGCGGAGCUGGCCAAAAUGUUCGAAUGCCCUUUGGACCCAGGUGGCUAUUUCAUAAUAAAGGGAACGGAAAAGGUUAUACUCAUCCAAGAGCAACUCUCAAAGAAUCGAAUUAUUGUUGAAGGUGAUAAAAAGGGCCUUGUUCAGGCUUACGUGACAAGUUCGACCCACGAACGGAAGAGUAAAACGUACAUAGUUGCAAAGAACGACGCGAAAAAUGAUAAAAUAAUGUUGAAACACAAUUCGAUUUCAGAAGAGAUUCCGAUCGUUAUUGUGAUGAAGGCCAUGGGUAUACAGUCUGACAAAGAGAUAGCGCAAUUAAUUUCCGGAGGAAAUCAGACAUUUCUGAAUAUGUUCUCUCCCAACAUUGAGCACGCAGCAAAAAUUAAGAUAUUCACUCAAAAGCAAGCUUUGGACUAUAUUGGAAGUAAAGUCAAGGUGACGCGAAAGAUAGCGAAUGUUCGUAGACCCAUGGCCGAAGAAGCGCUGGAGAUCCUUGCAACGGUGGUGCUCGCUCACGUUCCUGUGGUCGACUUAAAUUUUCAGCCAAAGGUUAUUUACAUCGCUAUAAUGAUUCGACGUGUUUUGAUGGCCCUAGCAAACGAAAAUCUUGUAGACGAUCGAGAUUAUGUUGGAAACAAAAGAUUAGAACUCGCCGGAUCAUUGCUAUCUCUUUUAUUCGAAGAUUUAUUUAAAAAAUUUAAUUUCGACCUCAAAUUGAACAUCGAUAAACUACUGAAGAAACCCAAUCGAGCAUCAGAAUUUGAUGCACACAAGCAGUUGAUGCAACACGGCGAUUGCAUUACGAAUGGUUUUGUUCGUGCUAUUGCCACUGGCAAUUGGUCAUUAAAACGAUUUAAAAUGGAGAGAGCUGGGAUCACCCAUGUUCUUAGCAGGUUGAGUUACAUCUCGGCGUUGGGAACCAUGACCAGGAUAACUUCACAGUAUGAGAAGACAAGAAAGAUAAGUGGCCCUCGAGCCCUCCAACCGUCACAAUGGGGUAUGUUGUGUCCUGCCGACACUCCCGAAGGGGAGGCUUGCGGAUUGGUCAAAAACCUUGCUCUUAUGACCCACAUAACAACCGAUGACGAAGAGGGACCUCUCAGAAGGCUUGCGUUUAACCUUGGUGUUGAGGAUGUCAGUAGUCUCACAGGCAGUGAGCUUUAUCAGCCAAAUUCAUACAUGGUUUUCUUGAAUGGUCUCAUGCUUGGUAUUACGCAACAACCCUCGGGGUUUGUCAAGGAUUUCCGGAGUUUGCGUCGUUGUGGACGAAUAUCCGAGUUUGUCAGCAUUUACGUGAACCACCAUCACAUGGCUGUUCACAUCGCCUCCGACGGUGGACGCGUGUGCCGCCCCCUAAUAAUAGUAGAAUCUCAAGUACCGAAAGUGACAUCUGAACACAUUAAGAAAUUAAAACAGGGCCAAAUGAAAUUCACGGAUUUUUUAGCGCAAGGUCUUGUCGAAUACUUGGAUGUGAAUGAGGAAAAUGAUUCAAACAUUGCUAUCUAUGAACGUGAAAUUGUUCAUCAAACAACACACCUUGAAAUUGAGCCAUUUACUAUUUUGGGAGCCGUGGCAGGUUCAGCACUGAUAUACCUUAAUUUAAAAUUAAUUAGGUAUCAAUGUGCUAUGGGAAAACAGGCCAUCGGCGCCAUCGCCUAUAAUCAACUUCGUAGAAUAGAUACCCUACUAUACCUGAUGGUUUACCCCCAACAACCGAUGGUUAAGACGAAGACCAUUGAAUUGGUUGGAUACGACAAGCUUCCGGCAGGACAAAAUGCCAUUGUUGCAGUUAUGAGUUACUCUGGUUACGAUAUCGAAGAUGCAUUAGUUCUCAACAAGGCGUCAGUUAAUCGUGGAUUCGGUCGCUGUCAAGUAAUGAGAAAACACGUUGCCCUAAUGAAAAGAUAUUCGAAUGGUUCUUUUGAUAGGAUAGGGGAUCCACCAGUGGCGACAGAUUUCAAAACAGGACCUUCUGCAGAAAGAUUUAAUAUCUUAGAAAAGGAUGGAAUUGCCGGAGUUGGUGAAAGAGUCAAUCCCGGACAGGUUAUUGUCAAUAGGCAUACACCAACAAAUCUUAACGCCAACAUUCCCAUCAAUAUGCCUAUAGCCAACGCUCCAACUAUUCAAUUCACUUGGAAACAUGCGCCCUUAACUUAUAAAUCACCCGAAUCGGGUUAUAUUGACAAGGUUUGUGUAACUACCACCGAACAAGAACAAACUCUCAUAAAAGUCCUAAUAAGACAGACACGCAUACCCGAGCUGGGAGAUAAAUUCUCGUCGCGUCAUGGCCAAAAAGGUGUAUGCGGCAUUAUCGUGCCACAAGAGGACAUGCCUUUUGCGGAUACUGGUAUUUGCCCCGACAUUAUAAUGAAUCCUCACGGCUUUCCGUCACGUAUGACAGUGGGUAAAAUGAUUGAAUUGUUGGCUGGUAAAGCUGGAGUAUUAAAGGGAGAAUUGCAAUAUGGAACUGCAUUUGGUGGUAGCAAAGUUGAAGAUAUGAGUAAGAUCCUAAUCGAACAUGGAUACAAUUAUUCCGGAAAAGAUUAUGUAACUUCAGGGAUAACCGGUGAACCUUUAUCUGCUUAUAUUUUCUUUGGCCCCGUGUAUUACCAAAAAUUGAAGCAUAUGGUCGUGGAUAAAAUGCAUGCUCGCGCUCGGGGUCCGCGUGCCGUUUUAACUCGCCAACCCACCGAAGGUCGAUCGAGAGAUGGCGGUCUGCGUUUGGGCGAAAUGGAACGUGAUUGUCUUGUUGGUUACGGCGCUAGCAUGUUGCUCAUGGAGCGCCUAAUGAUUUCUUCGGAUCAAUUCGAUGUUCACGUUUGCGAGCAAUGCG